AUGCCGGUGGAGGUGGAGAGAGACCAAGGAGAGGUGUCGGUGAAGGCUGAUAUUGAGAAUGCGACUGAGAAUAAACCGGAGAUAGUAGUUCCGACCUCGAAAGAGGACGUCGGGAAUGGGAUCAGCCAUGGCGGCAACAAUGGCAACGGAAAUGACAAGGAGGAUUCAGAUGGUUCCUAUGUUUUCAUAACGGAAAACGAUGCCGUCGUAGAUGAUUCUGCUGAGUCUGUUUCUCUUAAGCCGGUUGAUGCCAAUGUGGAGAGAGAUCUAAAGGAGGGAGAGAAUCUGAAUUCUGGGGAACUUAAAGUGGAGGCUACAAGUAGUGCCGAUGAUGUUUUGGGAGUCUCCCAAGAUAGUCAAACCCUGGAAAAGUCUGAAAUAGAAAGGACAAAUGAUGGACCAGAGGAAGUCGACGUUGGGAUCCCAAAGUCGGAAAUCGAGGAUCUUCUCGGAAAAAUUGAGGAAAAGCAGCAUCCUGGGAAUGGGCAUCUUGAAAUUGGGCACGAUGGUAAAUUGGAAUCUACAGAGAAAGUGGAACAAAGUCAAGAUUCUGAAGCUGGACCCGGGGAUCUGCCAAAGAAUAACGCUGAGAAUCCUGCGAAUUUGCAGGAAAAGCUUGAAGAUAAAAUCGAAUCUGAUGUUAAAACAGACGUGGAUGUGGAUGCUUCUGAAGAUCUACAGCAUAACGAGGAUGUAGCAAAGCAUCCAGUUGAUUCAGAUGAGAGCAAGGAGCCUGAGGUGGUGAGUGCUAAGGUUUCUCCAACUGACCCCAUUAAUGGUGGCAUUAGCUUGGAAGAACCUACGGUAACAGAUCCAGCUCAUACUGUCAACGGAUUUGUAUCUGUGAAUGAUCCCACUGGGACGGAAUCGGAAUCUGCAGCAGUUUUGGAAUCUGUUCCUGUUGAAAACGGCAAGGUGCAAGAGGUAAGUAGCGAUGUCUCAGCUGAGACUCAAGCUCUUACUGCCGUCAGCUUGGAAUCCCACACUUCUGGCAAAGAUGGUGGUGCUGAAAAUGGUCAUAGCAAAUCGGAAUCUGAAGCGAUUCAGGAACUUGAUUUUGUUGAAAACAGCAAGGUGCAAUCUGAGACUGGAGCUGUGGAUGCCUCCUUGUCUGAUGAGAUUAUGAAUACUAAUCAAGAAUCUCAAGAUGUCAGCGAACUUGUUUGUGAUCAAGAUGGAAAACAAAACAUAGCGUCUGAAGUUACGGAAGUUGUUGACGCACCUGCGUCAGAAGUUGUUGAAAGCAGUGAUGCUGUAGUUGUUGCCAAUGAUAGCGUUUCAGAAGAUCCUAUUCAGAAUGAUCAGUCGGAUGCAGUUACUGAAGUGAAGGAAAAAGAUGCUCCUAUUGAGAAAGUUGAAGAAAACAACAGCGAGGGGAACUUAAAUAGUGGUGAUGUUUCUCUUAACUCUGCUGAUGAAGCGAAAGAGUCACCUACAGGGGAUCAUGAGAGUGCUGAGACUCUCUCUACAAACACCAACGGACCAUCGAGCUUGGUAGAUUCCAAAGCUGCUGUAUCUGAAUUGGCAGAAAGCUCAGCAGAAGGAGAGGCUGGCGAAACGAGCGCUGUUGCCACGAAAUCUGAAGCUGCCACUGUUAAAGAAAUCACUGAACAUGUUGUUGCACCCACUACUGAAGAUGGUGAAAUAAACAGAGAAGUCAAUGGUGGUUCAGAAGUGAAUGUGACGAAGACCACUCCUGUUGAUGUGUCUGGGGAUAUACCACCUGAAGAAGUUUCUGAGAUUGAAGGAUCGGACAUCAAAGAAAGAUCUGCCAUAAAUACAGAUGAAGAAGUUGGUUCCGAUACUAAAACCAUGGACAGCACAGAAUCUCCUCUCGUCAACAAUGGUAUAGUAAAGGUAGGCGAAGAGGAGGAUUCUAGGGAGGAGAAAAACGAGACAAGUAGCGCUACCGCCUCAGCCUCAGUUGAAUCUGAAACCAAGUCAUGUGCACAGGAUCUUGAAUCUAAAGUGGUUACAUCUACUGAUACCAUACACACAGGAGCUAAAGACUGCGUGGACAGCCAACCUGCUGAAAACAAAGGAGGAGAUGCUGCUGAUAGAACAGAUGAUAAAGUAGCCGAGAUUGGAGGAACUGAGAAAUUGGAAGCAUCGUCUGUAGAAGGUUCUGCACUUGAUGCUUCUGAAGGACACACUGUUGUGGCAGAGAUAGAGAAAAGACCGUUUUACUUUCUACCUAGAGUUCCAAGAUAUGAUGACGAAAAGUUAUCUGAGCAACUCAAGCAUGCUGAAGCGCAGGUUGAAGAGAAAACACAGAGUCGGGAUGCUCUUAGAGCGGACAUUCAGAAGAUACGCGCAACAUGCAAGGACUAUGAUAUCAGUUACAAGGCGGCCAUGACAGAAGAGAGAUCUGCAAGAAAAGCAAUGCAUUCAAAACGGCAGGAAAUUGACGCCCUUCAGUCUGUGAUUAGCCGGGUGAAGAGUGCUGCGUCUGUUGAUGAUAUUGAUUUGAGGAUGCAUAACAUGGAACACAUGAUACAACACGAAACUUUAUCUCUGAGUGAAGAAAAGGGAUUAAUUCGUGAAAUAAAGCAGUUGAAGCAACUCCGUGCGCAGAUAUCUUCGAGUAUGGGUACCAAAGAUGAAGUUAACCAAGCAUUAGAUGAUAAAGAGAAAACAGAAGAGAGUUUGAAGGUGUUGAGGAAAGAACUAGACGUGCUCAGAAGCGAUCUCUCAAAAGUCGAAGCAAUCACAAAAGCUGCUAAGAAAAAGUGUGAUGAGGAAUGGGAAGUGCAGAGUAAACUACAAGAAAAGUUCAGAGCUGCUGAUGCUGUUCGCCAGGAAGCGUUUGCGCACCUACAAGAUUUGAAGAAACAACAACGAGAAAAGAACAAAUAUUUCUUCAAGUACAGAGAUGAUUCAAGGGCAGCAAGUGAAAUGGCCUUGAAGAAAGACAGAGCAUCCCUGCAAAGCCUUUGUUCUGACCAGGUGGAGAACUUCAUGAAUAAGUGGAACAGUGACGAUGAGUUCCGUAGCUACUAUGUAAGAUGCAACACAAGGAGUACCUUAAGAAGAUUUGGAACCCUAGAUGGACGAUCCCUUGGCCCUGACGAGGAACCACCUCGGAUCACUUACGCUACAAGAACUGACAGACUUAGAACUUCAAGUGACAGAGCAGCUAAGCUUGAGACAGCUCCACCAGUUUCAGCGCAAGAAGAGAAAGUUGUUAAACAUGAAGGUACAAAAGUUGAAAACAAUGGCAAGGCUGUUGCCAAACCCGCCGAGCAGAAGAGUCAGAGUCAGACCACUAAAUCUAAAAAGACGGUGAAGCCAGAUCAGCCUCCACCAAUUGUAAAGGAAUUGGUUUCUGAAAAAGAGGAGAUAGAGAAGAAGGCGGAAACAGAGGAAGAAGGAAAGCAACCCAAGUUAACCAAAGAGGAAGAGGAGUUAAUUAAGAAAGAAGAGGAGAAGAGAAAACAAAAGGAAGCUGCAAAAUUGAAGGAGCAGCAUCGGUUGGAGGAGAUUGCGAAAGCGAAAGAGGCAAUGGAGAGGAAGAAGAAGAGAGAGGAGAAGGCAAAAGCACGAGCUGUCCUUAAGGCCCAAAAGGAAGCAGAAGAAAGAGAGAAGGAACGAGAAAAGAAACUAAGGAAGAAGGAGAGAAGAAAGGGGGUUAUUACAUCAGACGAGACAACAGAGAACCCAAAUGAGGCAUCAGAAACUGUAGUCGAAACCCCAAGGGAGAUUGAAACUCCAAAGAAACAAGCAACGGAGGAGAGUCAACAAAUCAAGAAAUCACACAAACCAUUGUCACAGUUUCUGAAACAAAACAAGUCAAAAUCCAUUCCUCUGCCUCUGAGGAACCGAGGAAGCAAGAGAAAACUGCGGCAAUGGAUGUGGAUAGGGCUCGUUGUUCUUGUAGUCCUCGCGUUGUUCCUUCUUGGCAACGCCAAUCUCUCCUUCUCUCGUGCAAAGCUCUGGUUUAUAUAA